UGUCAGGACAUUCAAAUGUUUCAACAUGGAUUUUUCCCCACAUCAUUUAACAAGCUGAAGACUUUGUUCACCUUCAGGGUGCUCAAUGAUUUUCUAUUGGACAACCUUGCAUGCGGCACCUCAGCAAUGAACUAUUACAGCAAGCUCCAGCAAAUGACCUCAAGCAUGUUUCCACAUCUUGUUCCG